GCGCGUUUAUGGUGUUGUAACUUGAUUUCCGCGGCUGUAAGAGGGUCACGUUUGCAGUGCAAACUCGAGAAGACUUCAUUCAUAUGUUUUAGACAUUUACGAGAUAAUCUGUUAUCCUGAAAUCUGAGAAUGAUCCGGACGGCGGUGUGUCGAGUAGGCGGCGGGCUUUUAAAGCAUUCGCGGCAGACUGUGCCUGCAUUAUGGGGAACCCGAGCGCAGCAGCGAUGGGCCUCCAGUCUUCCCAUGAACACUGUGGUUCUGUUCGUGCCCCAGCAGGAGGCUUGGGUGGUGGAGAGGAUGGGACGCUUUCAUAGAAUCCUGGAACCGGGUCUAAAUUUCUUAAUUCCAAUCCUGGACAGAAUUAGAUAUGUUCAGAGCCUCAAAGAGAUCGUGAUAGAUGUGCCGGAGCAGUCAGCUGUUAGUCUUGACAAUGUGACCCUGCAGAUAGAUGGAGUUUUAUACCUCAGGAUUCUUGACCCUUUUAAGGCCUCUUAUGGAGUUGAGGAUCCGGAGUAUGCCGUCACUCAGCUGGCACAGACUACAAUGAGAUCAGAGCUGGGAAAACUCACCCUGGACAAAGUGUUUAGGGAAAGAGAAUCGCUGAAUUCCAAUAUUGUGCAUUCAAUAAACCAGGCGUCGGAUGACUGGGGGAUUCGAUGUCUCCGAUAUGAGAUUAAAGACAUUCACGUUCCUCCACGAGUAAAAGAGUCUAUGCAAAUGCAGGUUGAGGCGGAGCGGAGGAAGAGAGCCACUGUUCUAGAGUCUGAGGGAACCAGAGAAUCAGCCAUCAAUGUGGCGGAGGGUCGCAAACAGGCUCAGAUCCUGGCAUCUGAGGGAGAGAAGGCUGAACAGAUUAAUAAAGCUGCUGGUGAAGCAAACGCUGUCUUGGCUAAAGCUGAAGCAAAGGCCAAAGCCAUUCGGCUGCUGUCUGAAGCUCUUACUCAACAGAACGGAAAUGCUGCAGCAUCUUUAAGCGUAGCUGAACAGUACGUCUCUGCUUUCUCCAAACUGGCCAAAGAGAGCAACACCAUCUUACUACCCUCAAACACAGGAGACAUCAGCAGUAUGGUCACUCAGGCUAUGACGAUUUACGGGAGUUUAUCCAAGAAUCAAACCCACAGCCCAGCAGUCACCACUACGACUCCUGACACUUUGGAAGAAAAUACAGCAUCUGAAAUGGAAACUGGACAGAAAUAACUGGAAUAUAAUCGAGUUGUUGGAUUAAUGAACUGAUACUUUUUCUGUUCCUGGUGGUAGAGAUCUCGCGUGAGAAAAUGGAAAUGCUAAAUCCCUGAAGCACUAUGAUGAUCUGGAGUAACUACACAAGAUUUUAUGUGCUUGUUUUGGUUG